UUCACUAGAACCAGAGAAGCGAGAAGGCCAAGGAUCCGCAGUGUUUCGAGCACACUUAAACAGGAAAGAAAAUUGGCUUAUUUCUGCAAGAUUUUCCUGGCCUUGGUGCGGGCGCUUAACUCGUGGGUUUCUAUUGUCACCGUGUAAAGUUCUGUUCGAAAUUGUAAAGUGCAUACGCGGCUCCCAUCGAUCGGACUUCAAUCCGCGGAAAAUAGUGGAAAAAGUGUGCUGCCGUAAAAGUGUGUCCAAAACAAGUGCAAAAGUUCGAUCCGGUGAUGUGUUACGUAUUGUUACUACUCUCGUCUGUGUGCGGCGGUUAAUAUAUAGACGGAACAUUCUAACACCGCUCAGCUGCACUUGAAAGUGUUCCUUGCAAUAUCCCCGCAGCGGCGAAUUUUCGCGAGAGUGAGAAAAACGCUAACGAGCGCGCGAGAGAUUCAAAAGACGGAGCAACGGUUGUAAUCCUGUUUGAACAACACCAGCGAGACAGGAAAAAUCAAACGACACGCCACUCUCAGCUGUCAUUUCCAGUUGUAUGGCAGAUUUUCACUGACACAGACAUCGGCAGAAAAGGUGAAAUGAAAAGAUAAAUAGCAAGAAUCGGAAACCGGGAGAGGGGUGGGCAUUUUCAUCGUAAGGUGCAAACGGCCGGAUUCGGUUGUGAUGGAUGGUUUUAAUGUGUUUUCAUGAAUUCUUUAUAGUGUAAGGAUAUGAAUUUCAGUGGUUUGCGGAAGAAAAUUUGGGUCAACGAGUGAAGUGCGAAUCAUGUGCGAGCACGAGUGAAGUCAAUCAAAAUCCUUGAAAAAGUUACGUGCAUGAAGCCCAUGAAACGGAUUGUUACAUCGAGAGUAUUUAAAUUCAAACCGAUUGUUGUUGUUGAUAAUCGUGUUCUCAGAAGCCCAAAUAAGUAUUCUUGAGAGAGAAGAAAAUCGAUUCAGGUGAUGGUAUAAUGCUGUAGAAGGAAGUGAAAAGGGAUACACAACACAAAAUUUGUACCCGGAUGUGAUUUCCACCAGGAGUUUGUGAACGAGGUCACGUUUUCCGACAUAAAGGAAGUGAGAUCGACCCUACCUGUGGAACAAAUUUUCAUCGGUCGAAUAAAAAAGCUCGUUGAAACGCAACCUGCGAACCUAGUUCAGCACGAGAAAGGAAAUCGACGCAACAAUUACACCACAACCGCGGUAGCCGGAGUACGACCUGUGUUUCCUCAUCACCAUGCAAUUUGGCUGGGCGUACGAUGGCGUUAACGAUUCGGUACCCCGUAACACCGGUCCGGAAUGUGCCGGAUUCCUGACACCGGGCCGAAGAUUGCUGGAAAGUGUUAUCCUCAUCCCGUUCUGCUUGCUUGCAAUCAAACUAACGCUCGGACGGCUAAAGCCGAUCACUUUCCGGCGAAACACACCCUUCAUCACUACCCCAAAGCAUCAGGGUAGUACCCUAGGUUAUCGAAGUAGCAGUAUUAGUCAUCUGGCGAGUAGUGGAAACCACAAUCUACAGCAUCACUACCAGCGAGUUGGUGGAAGUAGUGGUCACCAUCUGGAGCCAGAUCAUCGGGAAAUGCUGCUGCGGGAACAGCACCAUCACCGACGAUCCUCAUCGGUGGAAUACUGCAGCUGUCAUCGAUGCAACAACAGCUCUGUACACAAUCCUGGUGCUAACGCGGCGCUGGAGGGCGAGGCGCCCAGUUGGGGUAAGCAGUUGCUGCUGAUCACCAUGACGCUGACGCUGGGCGUCGAAAUAGGCUUUAAAUUCGCAACUAGGACUGUUAUCUACAUUCUAAAUCCCUGCCAUAUAACCACGUUAAUACAGAUUUACUUACUGGCGAGUAACAAGCCAAAGAAAAGCACCACAGCACUGUUCCGGUUACAGAUGAAUUUCUUGAAUGGACCGCUGUUAGCGUUCAUGUUUCCAGAAACGGAUAGUCGACAGCUGCCUCUGGAGGCGGCAGCUUACUGGAUCCAGCAUGCGCUAAUGUGUAUCAUACCAAUUUAUCUGCUAAGAACUGGAGGGGCCUACAAUAUGGAAGCAAUCAACGACUUUACUUGGAACAUCAUUGGCUACUCAACGACCAUCAUCUACCAUUUCGCCUUUCUGCAGCUUAUUGCUAUCCCAACACAAGUGAACCUCAACCACAUGCUCUGUCCGGCGCUGAAAGAUCCAUUCGAGGGUCCCAAUUAUCGCGCCUAUGCAGUCGUCCACGAGGCCAUCCUGUGUACUUUGCUCUGCAAGCUAGUCACCUUCCUGUUCAGUCCUUUGCCACCGCCCAUCAUCACAAAUCCACCGUUUAUCAAAAACGGCGGUUCGGCGGCGGAAUCGGUUAGUGCCCCUUCGCCUCUGAUCACAGCCACUGGUACGGCUACACAUCACUACAUCUCACGACCGUCCUCCAGACCAUCGUCCCGAUCAUCAUCUCCGGCCAAAUCGGUAUCGAUGCUGCAAGAAAACAAUAUCAUCAUCAAAACUAGCAAGAUUGACUAGUGGUCUGCGAUGACUGGCCAGAGAUGCGCUAACACCUUCACCAUCAUCAGUGGUAGUUGAACACCGAUUCACGGGGAACUGUCGGCGGCCACUUGGUCCCGUCAGAGUGACGUAGCUGUUUCUUGUAGAUACAACAUUUUACUCGCGUGCGUUAAACGAAUACAAGAUUGUUACACCUGAUAGUGUGAGAGACAUUUUAUGCGCAUCGUACCAAAGUUUUGCAAACUUUUAAGAUAACCCUAACCUCUUUCCUUCCGCAAAUAUUUUCUCCACCAUUUAUAUGUAAAGCAAGAGCAAAACAUAACACAUAGUAAGUCAUACAAAUAGUUGACACAAGCAAAGAAGCAAAACAAGACGAAACCAAUACUCACUCACUUACACGCAAAUUGGGAAUAAUUUAGUGCAGUAACUUGUUGAUUGCCUUUUUGUAAAUAAGGUAAUAAUCAAUAAUGUAAAGAGUAAUUAAGCAUUCGAAGUUUCCAAAAGAUGAAUAGAGUGUGACGCAAAAAAGGAGAUUAACGAGCGAGUUCAAAAGCAUACUGAAACAAAUCAAAUUACUAGGAUCAGGAAUGGAAAUUACUAACGCAAAGAAAUGAAUUAGUAUUUGUAAUGAGAUAGUGUGGACAAGCUGGUUUUGUGAUAUCAAUCAUUAUCUUAAGUACUUGCAAAGACAAAUAGUUUCAAUUGUAGUAGAUAUGAUGUUUUAAAUUAAAUUAUUAUUGUGUCCUUAGUUAACGUGCGAAUUUCUUCGACCGGACGGUGGAUAGCUUUUAGUUUCGAGGCAUUUAUAGUCAUUUGUAGCAUCAUGAAUAUAUUUCUAAAGUUUUGAUUUUUCAUCAAAUUACAAACAUUCAAAGCCGUUAAUUUAAUCGGAAAUGAAUCAAAUGAAUCGAUCUCCCAAAAACUUAAGGACAAUACCUUUCAAUCCGUCUUUUUUUCUGAAUACUUUGAUGCCUAUAAUAUGCUUAGCUGAGGUUAUUUAGACGACAAUUGAAAAUCAUUAAGUAAUAACGUUUUUACCAGAGUGAGAGUAGAACAAAACGACUAAAUCAUACAUCAAGUCAACGCGUAGCCAUAUUUCAAAACAAUUUUAUCCUUCUUGAUACCAACUCAAUAAGUUAGAUUAGUUAACAUUUUAAAGAGAUGUAAACGUAGUAGUAUAUAUUGUAGCGGAUCGUAACCAAAGAAUGCAAAACCUGUUUGCCAAAUAUUAUCAGUGCAAAACUAUUGUUUCAAAGCAUUCCUUAUAUAAAAUUUACCUGUAGUUAUAAGUUUGGAAGAUUCUCACCUAAUGCUUGUUCCUCUCUCUGCCAUUGUUAAGCUCCCAAAGCACUAAAUUGACCCCUCAUAAAACAAAGGUCCUCGACGAUGCAAUUACGAUCAAUUCAGUGUGCCUUCGGAGGAGAAUAAAUAAUCACUCGGAAAACAAAGCAGAUUCGGGUAAACUAAACGCUUUUUCGCUGGUAUUUAUUUGCGCUUUCCAGAACAAAGCUUACGAAUCCGGAUCAUGGACCUAUUCGCGUACGUCUGUGUGUCAAUCCCCAUGAAACGAACGGGAAUGCAAAAACACGCCCGACAGCAAAGCUGUAAGGUAGUUUUAAUUCAAAUUGCCCAAAACAAUGGUUUUGUAACUAUUUCACAUCGUUAUUCCUUACCAGCGGUUAAGGGAUUUAUACUAGAGUAAAAGAGCGUGAAAAUUAAAUGGAAUCAUCACUCAAAAGAAACGGAGUCAAUAUACCAUACGCCUAGAAACUUAUGACAAACAGAGAUUGAUACAGUUCUUUAAUCAAACUUUUGAAAUUUUAUUCUUUAUAAUGCAAAACAGAAACAUUGUUAACAAGCUUGAUUUAAAUAAUCGGCGAAACAUAUCCAUUAUGAUUGAGGAAAUCUAAAACUACAUCCCAUUUCUACUGUUUGAAUUUAACUGUAAUCAUUAAGGAGCCGGAGAUAAGAUUAAAACAAAACAAUAGUUAUUGAGAGACCAUUCCAGUGUGUGAUGGUCGGAAAUAGUGAUAAUAAAACGUUGCUGAGAA